GGCAAGGGCGGCCUUAACACAGUAUAUUCAUAUAGCUACCUACACGGCAGCUUGCCCUGAAAAGGAACAAGGGCGGCGCCGAACCCAACUUCCAGCGCGUUGACCAUGAGUGGCGACCGAAAGAGAAAACUGGAUUAUUCAGAGGAUUCAGGACGCCCAGGGCCUGGGCCCAUGGGAGAUGGCGCUGCGGGUGGAGGUGUCAAUUAUUUCACUGGCCGCCCCUACAGCCAGCGCUAUUACGAUAUCCUAUCCAAGCGGCACGGACUUCCAGUAUGGCAGGCAAAGGAGGAGUUUGUAAAUAUGAUAAAUGGCCACCAAACGACGGUGCUUGUAGGCGAGACGGGUAGCGGCAAGACCACGCAGAUUCCCCAGUUCAUCGCCGAGGCUGGCUAUACCGCGAACCGCAAGAUGGUUGCCUGCACGCAGCCACGUAGGGUGGCUGCAAUGUCAGUUGCUCGCCGUGUGGCGGAAGAAAUGGACGUCGUGCUGGGCGAGGAGGUCGGCUACUCCAUCCGUUUCGAGGAGUGCUCUGGCCCCAAGACGUGCGUGAAGUUCCUUACAGAUGGUAUGCUUUUGCGCGAGGCCAUGACGGACCCUCUGCUUGAGCGGUACUCGGUCAUCAUCUUGGAUGAGGCGCACGAGCGCACGCUAGCCACCGACGUGCUGUUCGGUCUCCUGAAGGAGAUCCUGAAGCAGCGCACCGACCUGAAGCUGGUGGUGAUGAGUGCCACGCUGGAGGCGGAGAAGUUCCAGGGCUACUUCCUGGACGCGCCGCUCAUGAAGGUGCCGGGCCGCCUGCACCCCGUGGAGAUCUUCUACACGCAGGAGCCCGAGCGCGACUACCUGGAGGCCGCCAUCCGCACGGUGGUUCAGAUCCACGUGUGCGAGCCGCCCGGGGACGUGCUGCUGUUCCUGACGGGCGAGGAGGAGAUCGAGGACGCCUGCCGCAAGGUGACCAAGGAGCUGGGCGGCAUGGGCGACAAGGUGGGCCCCGUCAAGGUGCUGCCGCUCUACUCCACACUGCCGCCGCAGCAGCAACAGCGCAUCUUCGAGCCGGCGCCCCCUCCCGCGCGCGAGGGCGGACCCGCGGGUCGCAAGAUCGUGAUCUCCACCAACAUCGCUGAGACGUCGCUGACCAUUGACGGCAUCGUGUAUGUGAUCGACCCCGGGUUCGCCAAGCAGAAGGUGUACAACCCGCGCAUCCGGGUGGAGUCGCUGCUGGUGUCGCCCAUCUCGCGGGCCUCCGCCCACCAGCGCGCCGGUCGCGCCGGCCGCACGCAGCCCGGCAAGUGCUUCCGGCUGUACACGGAAGCCUCCUUCAAGAAGGACCUGCAGGAGCAGACCUACCCCGAGAUCCUGCGCUCCAACCUGGGCAGUGUGGUGCUGCAGCUCAAGAAGCUGGGCAUCGAUGACCUGGUUCACUUUGACUUCAUGGACCCUCCCGCCCCCGAGACGCUCAUGCGCGCCCUCGAGCUGCUCAACUACCUGGGCGCCAUCGACGAUGACGGCAACCUCACACCCGUUGGCAACAUCAUGUCGGAGUUCCCGCUGGACCCGCAGCUGGCCAAGAUGCUGGUGGCGUCGCCCGCGUUCAGGUGCUCCAACGAGAUCUUGUCGAUCGCAGCCAUGCUGUCGUCGCCCAACGUCUUCCUGCGGCCGCGAGAAGCGGCCAAGGCGGCGGAUGAGGCCAAGGCGCGCUUUACGCACAUAGACGGCGACCACCUGACCAUGCUCAAUGUGUACCACGCGUGGAAGAGCCACAACGAGGACCCCAACUGGUGCUACGAGCACUUCCUCAACUACCGCUCGCUCAAGUCGGCGGACAGCGUGCGGACGCAGCUGGUGCGCAUCUGCACGCGCAUGAACCUGCGGCUGGUGAGCACGCCCUUCGAGGACAAGGAGUACUACCUGAACAUCCGCAAGGCGGUCACCGCGGGCUACUUCAUGCAGGUUGCGCACCUGGCCCGGCAGGGGCAGUACCUGACGGUGAAGGACAACCAGGUGGUGCACCUGCACCCCUCCACAUGCCUGGACCACAAGCCGGAGUGGGUGCUGUACCAGGAGUUUGUGCUCACCACCAAGAACUACAUCCGCUCCUGCCUCGACAUCAAGGGCGAGUGGCUGGUGGACAUUGCGCCGCACUAUUUCGACCUCUCCAACUUCCCACCCAGCGACUGCAAGCGCUCCCUGGAGCGGCUGUACGCAAAGAAGGAGAAGGACCGGUCGGACAAGUUCUGAGCGGGGUGGGGGGCGCUGCUGGUCUGGAAGGGGGGGCAUGGUGCUGCUGGGGCUGGGAGGGGAGUGGAGGUGCACUUGGGUUGCGUUAGUUCAGCGUUCGUUGACUAGCGGUUCUUAUACGUGAGAGCAUGGCGUGGAAUGCAUGAUUGCUUGGGGAGCAUGGGUGGGAGGGAGGGG